AUGAAGCGAAACUUGCCUCUAGUUGCCAUCAUGGUAAUGGCAUCAAUUUAUGGUAAGUUAACUACAAGAGGAACCAACCAGGGUAACGUUAACUUCAUCCUCUCAAAAAAAAAGGGCUAACGCUCGAAACGACAACUUUAUAACGUCUUUACGUUGCCCAAUUUCAUUAUUAAUGCAGUUGAUAAAAUCAAAUCAUCUCAAAGCUCAUUUGAGUUUAGUUCAAGACGUUAAAAUUACCUUAUAACUGGUUGCUUUUGGCGAGAUAAUGCUAUACAAAAAGACAACUAUUUAAGGAUCGCUUUGGACACCGUCUUGCUAACAACGGCCAACGGUCUUUUUUUUCGGAAAUGUACGUUUGAAAACAUGCUUGAUCAUGUUUUUAACAACAUACCCCUGGCGCGUUUUUGAUAUUCCGAAAUGCAUUUUAUUUUCUUAUGUUGUUGUGGAGAUUCGUCACUGGGUCGGAUAGAAUUCUGGGAAUCUUAUGGUCAAAUCUAUCGAAUGCCACUCCUAUCUCCAAAACUGGACGAGAUCUAAUCUGAAGAAAGGUCUUUAAAACGAACGCACUUGUUCAGUUCGUCUGUUUUUUGUUUUACUGAGGUUUCAUAUUAAUGCGGUAUGGGUGUAGACAACACUCACUAACGUAUUUGCCUCUCUUGUUUUAGGACAAACUGUGAAAGGCCAAGUCGGUAAGGAAAUUAUCACUGUGCUGAGUAACUCACGGUUCUCUGUAACAAUGCACAAAGCUAGCUAAAAUGCUUUGUAGUCAAUAUCACUAUUUCUGUCGUUAAGUCUAUGAAUAUUAACAUGAUUUGCAUGCGAUGACUAAAUCUAAAAAAAUUGUCGGCCAAAAGUUUAAAUUGUAGCAUCUCAUAUUGAACGGACCAAAACUGUAGCGUUGUAAAACUAAAAGGUAGAGAAUUUUUUUUCAAGGCCAUACAAGGCUGUUAGGUGAAGGUAUUGAGAAAAUAAUAUGUAACAUUGAAAUCAUGUGUUAUCCAUGUGAUAUAAGACAAGUUAUUCAGAUAUUCAGGAUGAAAAUUGUGGAAACACCAAUUGGUAAAACGCUGCAAUCGCAUUACGGCUAGGCAUUCCGCAACCAAAACGUGGGAAGAUAGUUUGGAUUGUUGGGGUUAUUGCGUUAACUACGAAAAUGGUCAUAAGUCUAAACAAGCGCCAUAUUUCGUGAAUGCGAGAUUAUUGAAACGACCACAUAGAUUAAAAUGGGAAAACUUUUCGAUUCUUUCAGUUAAUCCCUGUGAGGGUGGAAUAGAUUUGGGAAUCAUAGUAGACAGAUCCAAAAGUGUCGGAAAGGAAAACUUCAUCAUUGUGAAGGAAGCUGUGAAAAGCUUCGUGGACAACUUCGACAUCCAACCUGAAGAAACUCACCUAUCGCUGAUUUUCUUUGCCGGUACGCCAUUUCAUAUGUUUAAUCUGAGCGAUCCCAGUUACCACAGCAACAAGGCAGUAAAAGAUGCAAUCGAUAGUCUUCCAGACAAACUGUACGGUGCCACGCGGACAGAUUUAGCCCUGAUGAAAGCCCAUGAUCAUAUGUUUCACCCGGGACAGGACAGACGUAAGAAACCAAAUGUGCUUUUGGUGUUGACGGAUGGAGCUACUGCGUCGGAGUCAGCACCAUACAGCGAGACGGUCCCUCCACUUGAAGUAAGAUGUAUCAUAUAUGUGUCAAGGGUGAUCAUGAUUUAGUUGAAAAGUAGCCCUUGAAAGUUAUCAGAGAUUCAAGUUUUCCCCCCUCACAACGACGAAGAGAGGGCAAAGUAACUUUCAUUUUUGUACUGGUAUCACAUGCUGAUAUUCAUGCGUCACUUCUUACCUAAAAUGGCACCUUUUAUACACACUCCGGCAAUAUUUUACACCUCGAUACAUUGAAACACCAAAUGAAAUUGUUCAUUACCCUCGGUUACUUGAUUAAAACCAUACCUCUUCUGGAAGGAUCUUCUUUGGCAAGUCCGUUGUAGUAAUUAUAUCAUAAAGCUCGGAGAGACACCCUAGUCUAUGGACGUGGCACAACUAGAUAACUCCAUAGAAUGAUUACUGAAACCACUAAAAAUUAAAAUAAACGGAAGAUAUACCAAAUAUCUUCCAUAAAUUCUGAGCGUCACUAAUCCAAAGAAGCUGCACAUAAACCACUGAGGGGUAAGUUCUUUGAGUACAUGCAAUGAUACUGGUAAAGACUUUCUUCUGCUAAAUUUCAGGACAAAGGUGUCAAUAUAAUAGCAGUUGGUAUCGGAAAAGGCAUUAAAAAAGAGGAACUUCAAAGUAUUGCCGGUGAACGUGGCUCGGUGGUGCAAGUUGCAGAUUUCAGUAUUCUCGCUAGCAAGCUAAGCGAAAUAUUAGCUGAAGUUUGUAGUAAGUAUUUGCUUCCAGACUUGGUUAAAUUAUCUAACAGACGCACAGACUCAUCGUCUCACUGAAUAACUUACGCGCUUACUAACUGACUCACUGGCUCACUGGCUCACUAACUCGCUGACUAACUACCUCACUAACUCACUGAAUCACUGACCAAUUGACUGACUCACCGACUCACUGACUCACUGACACACUAACUCAUUGACUCACUGACUCACUAACUUAUUGACUCACUAAAUCACUGACUCACUGACUCACUGACUCACUGACUCACUGACUCACUGACUCACUGACUCACUGACUCACUGACUCACUGACUCACUGACUCACUGACUGACUCACUGACUCACUGACUCACUGACUCACUGACUCACUGACUCACUCACUGACUCACUGACUCACUGACUCACUGACUCACUGACUCACUGACUCACUGACUCACUGACUCACUGACUCACUGACUCACUGACUCACUGACUCACUGACUCACUGACUCACUGACUCACUGACUCACUGACUCACUGACUCACUGACUCACUGACUCACUGACUCACUGACUCACUGACUCACUGACUCACUGACUCACUGACUCACUGACUCACUGACUCACUGACUCACUGACUCACUGACUCACUGACUCACUGACUCACUGACUCACUGACUCACUGACUCACUGACUCACUGACUCACUGACUCACUGACUCACUCACUGACUCACUGACUCACUGACUCACUGACUCACUGACUCACUGACUCACUGACUCACUGACUCACUGACUCACUGACUCACUGACUCACUGACUCACUGACUCACUGACUCACUGACUCACUGACUCACUGACUCACUGACUCACUGACUCACUGACUCACUGACUCACUGACUCACUGACUCACUGACUCACUGACUCACUGACUCACUGACUCACUGACUCACUGACUCACUGACUCACUGACUCACUGACUCACUGACUCACUGACUCACUGACUCACUGACUCACUGACUCACUGACUCACUGACUCACUGACUCACUGACUCACUGACUCACUGACUCACUGACUCACUGACUCACUGACUCACUGACUCACUGACUCACUGACUCACUGACUCCCUGACUCGCAGACUCAUUGACUCACUGACUCACUGACUCACUGACUCACUGACUCACUCACUGACUCACUGACUCACUGACUCACUGACUCACUGACUCACUGACUCACUGACUCACUGACUCACUGACUCACUGACUCACUGACUCCCUGACUCACUGACUCGCAGACUCAUUGACUCACUUACUCACUGACUCACUGACUCCCUGACUCACUGACUCGCAGACUCAUUGACUCACUUACUCACUGACUCACUGACUCACUGACUCACUGACUCACUGACUCACUGACUCAUUGACUCACUGACUCACUGACUCACUGACUCACUGACUCACUGACUCACUGACUCAUUGACUCACUGACUCAUUCAACGGACUCAUUGACCCAUUGACUCACUUACUCACUGACUCAUUGACUCAUCGAGUCAUUGACUCACUGACUCGCUCACCAGUUUACCGUUUAACUGACUAACUGACACGCUGACUGAAAUACCCAUGGGCUCCCUAGCUAAUUGACUGAUCUACUAACUUAUUGACAGACAGAGUGACAGACUGACUGAUUGACUGACUUACGAGUAACUAACGACGAUCUGACUUUAGCAUUGGUCAGCGGCUUCAAUUCUUCGGUUUUUUUCCCUUGUUCUGUUAGAUGACCUAUCUGUGUUUCAAGUGGAUGUAUAUGCGGACCUUCUCUGCCUUGACUCUCUCUCUCUCUCUCUUCAGUUAUAAAUGGUGGCUACACACAUUGGUCUCCCUGGUCAGAAUGCAGUGCAACGUGUGGUGAGGGCUUCCGAACAAGAUCCAGGAACUGUACGAAUCCGGAGCCAAUGGGAGGUGGAAAAAAUUGUGACGAAAUAGGACCAGAUGAAGAACAAGUGGCCUGUGACCUUCCGGAGUGUAAAACAUGUAGGUUAUAGGUCUAAAUAAGUCACACGGACCAGAGGAUGAAGUUCAUGUAGUUGUUAAUUUUAUUUUUCCGGUCAAGGUUAAGUUUUACUUCUCGUGCGUGUUUUGCUAUUUCUCCUCAACAGAAUGGUUGUCCAUUACAAGUAAAUCUCCAGCAAUCCUAAAAUUUUUAUGACAGGAUACAGGUGCUGAUAUGAUGGAAAAGGCACUCAAACCCUUAUCCUUACCUAAGAAAAAAACACUGGUUUUCAAUGACGCGGCCAAGUUUUGAUCUAGAGUCUUUCGAUCUGCAUUCAAGUAUAAAUAAUGAGUAAGAGACCACGGUGACCCAAGUUUAUGUCGACCCAGUUCUAGGCUCUUCAAGGUUCCAUUUAAAAAUUUAUUUAAGCUUAGAGGAACUGCUUUUUGCUCAGCCUUGACGUCCCUAAUGACAAAAAAAUCGCUCUCCUUGGAAUUACACGUUUUGGGAACUGCUAUCAAAUAGCAUCCUCUUUAAGGAGCCCCACAUUCAUCAUGCUAUUGCACAAGAAUGACAUAUCAAGAACUGAAAAACAAAAUAAUAGACAAGGUUCUAGAAUUGCCAAACUUAAGCAUCACGAAAUAUAUCAGAUAGUUACUGAAUUAAAGAAAGAAAGCAAAUCUGUACCAAAAACAUUGAGAAAUAUGAGAGGCUCAGAUAAGUUAAGUUUCCAAUACAUUUAACUCUGCACAAUCUUUUUUAUUCAAUUUUUCACUUGAAACAAUAGCAAUUGAUGGCGGAUACACUCGCUGGACGACAUGGACUAAGUGUAGUAAAACCUGUGGUACGGGUACACAAAUACGAGUACGAUCUUGCACUAACCCGCCACCGAAUGCUGAGGGUAAAAAUUGUGAUCGCUUGGGUAAACCCAAGGAAGUGAAGAAAUGCAAACUGCCGAAAUGUGCGAAAGGUAGGCAAAACAAAAAUCUGUCCUCAUCAAGCAGUAUUUAGAUCAGUACUGGUCAGCGGUGAGGAUGAUGAUGAUGAUGAUAACGGUAACGAUGUUUUGGUAAUGGUGGCGAUAGGCCUUGGCAAUCGUAAACACGUAGACUGAUAAUGUUGCUAUAACUUGAAGACUUAUGGGGCUCAAGAAAUCAAUGAGAAAUAAUCAGCAACUUAAAGAUGAACCAGCCGAAAGAAGACUGGCCAGUCGAAUUCGAAUAUAUAUAUACAUCUGUUUUCACAGAGUCCAACUUCACCAAUUUUUUAUGGCAAUCCGAGGUCAUCUUAGCUCCCUCUUAACAAAAUUAUAUCCAUGGAGGAAAUUUGACUACGACAGCACGUCAUGAAUUUACUUCAAUGACAAGAAAGUAUGCAUAUUCUGUAUUCUCGUUUUCUUUCUGUGUAAUCUCCAUGACAGGGCCAGCUCCAUGUGAAGAGGGCCUGGACCUUGGCAUUGUUAUCGACCGCUCAUUGAGCGUUAGAACAAGAAACCUCGAGCGCCUUCUAAAAGUUUUCUUCCCCAAAUUCUUCAAACGCAUGGGUAUUUCAAAAAGCAAGACCAAUAUUGGUAUAAUUAAGUACGACAAAAGUGCAAAUGUCUAUGCUCCAUUCAAUGGGCCAAACUCCAGAUCUUUAAAGAAAGCGACUGCCUUCGUGAAAAAACUGGACCCAAGUGUCUAUUUGCAGACGCGGACAGACAAAGGACUUAUUGCAGCAUACAAACAGCUGUUCACCAAAAAGGUACAUGUGUAAAGGAACUUUCAGUUGGACGUGUAUAGCAAUCUAAUAAGAUGUCUUUUAGCGAGAUUACUUCCUCUUACUUUAGAUGUUGGUCCAUUUGGUUUCCAUAAUUUUCUCUUCUUAACGCUGGUUCAAAUUUCAAAUAAUUUCAAUUUUACGAGCUGCUCAGUUUUUCUGGGUAAUGGGUCAUUCAUUUUAUGUUUAUGAUAUGGCUUUUUAAGGGAGGUGACAGAAGGAAGAGACAAAAUGUCCUUCUGACGUUCACUGAUGGGCGAGCCUGGCCAAGGAGACGUAUAAAACCUUUCUCACUGACUGUUCCUCCGCUAAGGGUGAGCAACAUGUCUACUAUUUGUUUGGUGUGUUCGUUCGUAUAUUUUGAAUUUUCCAUCCAAGCCCCUGUAUUAUUGAUUUUUUUUGUCGUUUUUGUUUCGUUUGUUGUUGUUUUUUUUUUCACUUUUGAUUUUUUAAUUCGUUUGUCCGGUUGUCGGUUUGGUGCUAACAGUGUAUAGAAUUUAAGGACCAUUCCUAGGAAGGUGUGAAGUUGAAUGAAUAUAAUUUCAGUUGCGUUCACAUCAUCGUAUAUCAUAGAAUUAAAUAAUUUAGAAUUUCAAGUCUAUUUGAUGUCAGCAAGCUAUCAAGCUAUCAUACCUAUCGUUCAUAACGUGAACUUUGCUUGUCUGUGUAAAGGAAAAGAAACAAUGUCAUAUGGUGGCAGUCGGUUACGGUGUUCCAUCUAGAUUGAACAUGACUCAACUCCAAGAAAUCGCAGGUGACAAUGCGAUCCUCGUUCCAAGGCCGAGGCAAAUCAGAAAAAUGGUUGGCAAAAUAAAGAAAGCAGUCUGUCGUAAGUAAAGAUACCAUUACAGAACACUUUUAAGCUUUUUUCGAAUGCGUCGUUGAGUUCCGGUUUCGACUUGUUGCUACUUUUGUAUCGCUUUACUGUACACAAGGAAUGCGUUGCCAAUGAACCUCUUGUGAGCCGAUUUGUGAGUUGAGUAUUUAUUAAAGAGGAUCCUUAUGGAGUAGUACCCACUAGUACUAACGGUUGAUGGUUGAAAAUAAGCCGUUUUAAAGGGGGAGGUUUGAAUUCUACUCCAUUUGACGGUUGGGGCGGGUUAAUUCUUCAGAAUGACAAGUAAUCACGAGAAAUCAAGCAGGCAAACUAAGUUUUUGCUUUAAAUAAUAGGAAAUUUUGCAAUACUCGAGGGGGCUUCAUUAAAGGGGGAAUAGUUAAAUAAUUUCUUUGUGACACAAACACCACCUCCCCCCCCCCAAUAAAUAAUGACCGGUCCCUAAAAACAAGAGAGUUGUAAAUUCAUGAUUACCAAUGGAAGAGCUCUUCUCUCAUUAGUAGAAGCGCUUGUAGUUUUGUCAUGAUUGGUCCCCUUUCUCUAAUCCAGAGGUGGAUGGAGGGUACUCAAAGUGGAGUCAGUGGUCACUUUGCAGUGCCACGUGCGGAGUGGGGGUCAAAGUACGAAGCAGGACAUGCAGUGCACCUCCACCAAAAAAAAAGGGCAAAGACUGUUCUAGACUGGGAGACAGUGUGGAAACAGUGGAGUGUAAUGAGGGAGAAUGUCCAACAGGUAAACAGACGGAACAGACCAAUUAAACCCAGCAAACAGAAAAAUACAAAUAAGAAGUGGCAAAAAAGAAUAACGAAACAAAAACCAAUUUAAUAUUAAUACAAGAGAAAACAAAGUAAUACAACUGAAGGGGACAAACAUGAAAACAUGAGAAAUAGCAAAACGACAACACAAAUAUUAUGAAGGUAAACAAAUACUACGAAACAAAAAUAAACAAAAUCAACGGAACAGAAAAAAAAAACAAAACAGCAAGGACAAAUGAAAGAAGAUCAGUAAUCUGCAAAUGGAUCUUGUCCUUGAGGAAGCUCUGAAAUUAAUCACGUAAUUAUUUUCAAAACGGAACGCUCGUACAAGUCGUAUAAAGGUUCGUAUCCUGUUUUUUUAUAUUUUCUAAAAUUCCUUCCAGGCCCAACACCGUGUACCAAAAAGAAUCUGGACGUUUGUUUGAUUGUGGAUGCUUCUUUGAGUGUUGGAGUUCAGAAUUUUCUCCGUGUGAAAUCCUUCCUGGUGCAAUUCAUUCAUCAGUUCGAACCUGAAACUCAUUUCAGUAUCAUUACCUUCAGCGGCAAACCUCAAGUCCGAUGCAAGUUCUCCGAUUCUAUGUGCCAAGGAACAGACAAGACACACGAUACAAUCGCAGAAAUUCCUGACAGAGUCUCAUGGGGUACUUACACCGAUAAAGCUUUGGUUGCCGCUGACCAGAUCGUCUUCACGGCGGAAGGUGGUGAUAGGCCGGAUGCCUCUAAUGUGGUUGUGGUUAUAACUGAUGGAAAAACAAUGAGGGGCUCUCAACCGUUCAACGUCACUGUUCCUCCACUACGGGUAGGAAGUGAAUACUGAUUAAUUGUUAUAAUAUCAUUACAUACAAUCAAGCAAUUUGCGUGUUGAAUGUAAUCCGGGUUUCCUUUAAUUUGCUCUGUGACUAGUUCAGAAAAGUCACACCUUUUUCUCAACCAAUCAGAUGCAAAAUUAAAACCAAUCACGUCAACCAAAAAUAAAACUUUCUUUACGACAUACUUUUGAGUUCUUAGGUAACAGAGAAGCAGCAAGAAUAAAUCUCAAUAGGUUAUCACUCUUCCAGAUUUCUGAAAACGCCUACAAGUCAAAAAGCUGGAUACGCCCCAGUACGAUUUAGUUUUAAUUGAGAGACAGUUUAAAGUAUCUUGAUUUUAAUGUUUAAUAUCGUACAAUAAUGCAAUUAAAUAUUCCAUUUUAGGACGGAAAAGACGCUAAAGUGUUGGCAUUCGGUGUUGGUCCAACCAUUCGUGAAGAAGAUCUGAACGAGAUGGCCGGAGAGAGCAACUGGUUUUAUGUCUAUGAAUUUGCUGAUAUGAAGUACAGAAUCGGCGAUAUUCUGGGAGUAGCCUGCAACAACUCAGCUACCCUACCGUAACAACUUCAACUCGUUACUAAAGCUUUAGGGUAUUGAACACUUUUAAUAAGUAUAGUUCAUCAAAUGUUUUCGCACAUCCGCAAUUGGUCUAAGCGAUCCUAAACGGGUCACGGAAAUAUGCCUCGAGUAGAAUUGGCGAAUAUCUUCCCGAUACUUCUUGUCUUUUAAACCUAACCGUAAAUUCACGUUGAUUAACUUCAAGACGAGGUGGGCUUCUGCUUUUGUUGAAGAAGCGAUGAACCUGCUUUGCUGAUGGGAAUAUCAAAAGACGAUAAUCUUACAUAAUGCUACAGCAGUUUUUUUACGUCCAGCUGUCUGCGAAUGUUUUGACUCGUGCGCUGCGAACGAAUUGAAAUGUGAAGAUUUAAGUGCUGGGUACCCCUGAUGUCUGAGACCACCGCCUUUAGGCACACUUUGAUUACUUCUCCAGCUCAGCUUUGACAUCAUAUCCCUAGGAAACUGUCACUGAGAGCUUAUUUGCACGCUAAAUGUAGGUAGUUUUUCUUUAUCAUCAUUCUUUAGCGCCUUAAAUGUAAUGUUUAUUUACGAUCCAAUCAGCAUCAAACUGUAUGCUUACUUUUUCCUUUGCAGAGUUCACAUGUGUGGCUGGGUGAUUAAUUUACCAAGAUAAUUCAGCGGGAUAAGGCUGAUGACCAAAAAUCUUCAUGAGGAGUUUGGAACUAAAAGGGAUUCUAUUUUCCAUUUAAAAGUUAUGGUAAAACAAGUAGAUUUUCACGAUGAAGCUUCUGUAGGUUGAAAUUAAACAAGUGUUGACCC